ACUGGCCGUCGCCCAGGUUGUCUCGAAAGCAUCCUGGUGUUAGCAGUUUACUAGCUGUAGCAAGGAAAAUAAAGUAAGACGUACUUUUUCUGACAAUGGAUAAAUUAUGUAUGUAAUUGGUGCGAACGGAAAGAAGACGGGGAGAAACUGCGGUGUUUUCCGACACGGACUGACUGCACUUACCUGAACAGGCCAGUUGAAAAGGCUAGCAAACACUUAGCUUAGCUAAUCGUUCAAACUUUGACGGACAGCUAGCUACGAAAGCUGUUUUCCAUCUGUACAGCUUCUACCGCAGCUGAGUGGGAACCCGUCCUUCUUGUUGGAGCUAUAAUGCUAACGAAAAUGUUGGGAACGGGGACUCCCUAGCCAGGUAGUUGAUUUAAAACUAAGGUUUAGGUUAUUACAAAGUAACUAUUAGCUACCUUUUGAAUAAUAACUGCUGUUGCACAGCUAAUGGUAACUGCAGUGCGUUAAAUUAAAAAGUAGCACAAACAUAUUCAGUGACAGAAAUUGAAAGCACCGCUGUUGUUUCCUCUAAAUGUUGGUGAAGAUUAGACAGCUGUAACAAAGCUUGAAGAACCGCAGAAGCAACACGUCCUUGAUUUUAUCUAUUUAUUUAUUUCCCUCCCCCCCCCCGCCGAUUUCGGCCAAUCACAUGAGUAAAAAACAAUGCUAAACACCAGGAUGUCAAACGCAUGGGGAUUAACCUCAACCCAGCUGCAUUGCCUCCAAAACACAGUUGUCCUGUCAUUUCGAUAAUCCCUGCGUUCCUCGCAAUGCAUCAACAAUAGAGCUUUAUUUAUUUAUCUUUUUGUUUUGUUUUUUGUUUUGUUUUUUUUUUUACUUACCGAACCUGUAGCGCAGUCAGUUAGCAUCUGGGUUAAUUUAAUCAGUUCACACAGGUUGUUUUCCCCGUUAAAAUUAUGUCUGGGGACACAUCUGACAGCAGUGAUGACUCCGAUGGGAAAUCUAAUGAGAAGGCCUGUACUGUCAAGCAUCAAAUUACCAAUGCUAACCUCACAGGUCACACUGAAAGGGUUGGCAUGGAGAACUUUGAGCUUCUCAAGGUUUUGGGCACCGGAGCUUAUGGAAAGGUGUUUUUAGUUCGGAAGAACACGGGCCACGACGAGGGCCAGCUGUAUGCAAUGAAGGUUUUAAAGAAAGCAGCGAUCGUUCAGAAAGCGAAGACGACAGAACACACUCGCACCGAGCGACAGGUGCUGGAGCACAUUCGCCAGUCUCCCUUCCUGGUCACCCUUCACUACGCCUUUCAAACUCAGAGCAAGCUGCACCUCAUCCUGGACUAUGUGAGUGGUGGCGAAAUGUUUACUCACCUGUACCAGCGGGAUCACUUUUCCGAGGAAGCGGUGCGGAUUUAUAUCGGGGAAAUAAUUCUCGCUCUGGAGCAUCUGCACAAGCUUGGGAUCGUGUACCGAGACAUCAAGCUGGAAAACAUCCUUCUAGACAGCGACGGCCAUGUGGUGUUGACCGACUUUGGGCUCAGCAAAGAGUUUCUGGAAGAAGACAAAGGAAGGACUUACUCCUUCUGUGGCACCAUCGAAUACAUGGCUCCAGAAAUCAUCCGGGGGAAGACGGGCCAUGGCAAGUCUGUAGAUUGGUGGAGCCUGGGGAUCCUGAUGUUCGAGCUGCUGACGGGAGCUUCUCCUUUCACCUUGGAGGGAGAAAGGAACUCCCAGAGUGAGGUGUCGAAACGUAUCCUGCGCUGCGAUCCACCAUUCCCCUCCAUGAUUGGACUGGUUGCCAAGGACCUGCUGAGGAAGUUAUUGGUGAAGGAUCCACAUAAGAGACUUGGCUCUGGGCCCAGAGGAGCCGAGGAUAUCAAAGCUCAUCCCUUCUUCAAGGGACUGAACUGGUCUGACUUAGCACAGAAGAAGGUACCAAGUCCAUUCAAACCGGAGCUGAAAAGUGAACUGGAUGUGGGCAACUUUGCCGAAGAGUUCACCGGAAUGGACCCCGUCUACUCCCCGGCGAGUACGCCCCCCAGCACAGACCGCCUUUUCCAGGGCUACUCAUUUAUUGCUCCUUCCAUUUUGUUCAACAAGAACGCUGUGAUGGGAGACUUUGUCGAAUGUCAGAUUGGAGCAGAGCGCCCGGCGUCUGCUUCUGUCCAGCAAAGUGCAAUGUUAAAGGAAUCCCAGUUCUUCCAGCACUAUGAACUAGAUCUCCAUGGCCCUCCACUGGGCGAGGGGAGUUUCUCAGUGUGCAGGAAAUGCAGACACAAGCAGAACGGCCACGAGUACGCCGUUAAGAUCGUCAGCCGCAGAAUGGAAGCGAAUACUCAGAGGGAGAUUGCUGCGCUGAGGCAGUGUGAAGCUCAUCCCAACAUCGUCAAGCUGCAUGACGUCUUCACUGAUCAGUAUCACACGUAUUUAGUGAUGGAGUUCCUGAGAGGCGGGGAGUUACUGGAGAGGAUCAAGAAGAAGAAGCUGUUUGGGGAGGCGCAGGCCAGUCAGCUGCUGCAGAGCCUGGUCUCUGCUGUCAGCUUUAUGCACGACGCUGGAGUGGUGCACAGAGACCUUAAACCUGAGAACGUGCUGUUUACCGACGAGGACGAGGACUCUCUGCUGAAAGUCAUCGACUUCGGCUUCGCCCGCCUGUGUCCUGCGGGCAGCGCCCCUCUGAAGACGCCCUGCUUCACGCUGCAGUACGCCGCUCCGGAGCUUUUUGAGAGCGCGGGAUACGACAAGUCCUGCGACCUCUGGAGUCUAGGGGUCAUCUUGUACACCAUGCUGUCGGGCCAGGUGCCGUUUCAGAGCGAGCAGCGUGGGAUGACCUCAUCGUACGCCGUCGACAUCAUGCAGAAAAUAAAGGAGGGGGAUUUCUCGUUGGACGGGGAGGCGUGGAAGGGUGUAUCAGAAGACGCCAAAGAGCUUGUUAAAGGACUUUUGACUGUGGAUCCAGAGAGACGCCUGAAACUCUCCGAUCUGAAGGAGAACAGCUGGCUGCAAGGCGGAGCGUCCAUGUCCACCACUCCUCUGUGCACUCCUGAUGUGUUGGAGUCCAGCGGGCCAACAGUCCGUACCUAUGUGAAUGCUACAUACAAGGCUUUUAACCGUUGCAAGAGAGAAGGCUUUUUCCUGAAAAGCGUUGACAACGCCCCCCUGGCAAAACGACGCAAGCUCAAGAUGACGAGCACGGGCGUGGAGACCCGCUGGAGCUCCUCCUCUUCCUCGUCCUCCUCCUCCACCUCCUCCUCGGCAUCCAAAGAGCAGAACAAGCAGACUGUGACCCCAAAGCACAUCAAGCCCAAAUGACGGGGCGGGAGCGACCCUGAAAAAAAAACAAAAAAAAAAAACAAGAGGAGAAUCCUAAUACUGAGGACAUGGUGUCUGCCGGUGGGGUCAGUGUGAAACAAACAAACAAACAAACAAAAAAAAAUCUAAAACAUAUACAAACCCACACUGAUGGAUAGAAACACGACAGUUUUAAUGGAAAAUAAUCUCGAUUCCUCCUGCUGCACUCUACUCAAACCAAACGUGUAUUUUGUUGAAAAGAGAAGAUGUGCCCUGGAGGAUUUGAAUUCCUGUUCAGUAUUUUUCUUCUCGGCACAGUCAGUUUAUCCUCACUGCGGCGACAAAGCAGCGCCUGGUCAGAGGAGGACGAAAGGGGAAAAAAAACGAGCCAUUAAUGAGGAGAAGCCAUAAUUCCAGCGACUGUGAAUAAGAAGGCGCAGCCGUUUGCACGCUGCAAGCGAACCAGCCUUUCAAUUUAUCUGUAAUCAAUCAGACGCUCCUUCACAAGUUCUCCACCACACGAUCACAAACGAAGUGAACUUUAUCGGUUAAGUUUGAGGGCAAAUUUGAGCCGUUUGCACUAUCAGCAGAGAAUGUCGAUGAUCAAAUUAUUGCAGGGCUUUCGCCCAGAGGGAUUUAUUUUGCGAUGUUUAUGUGUCGUUUGGAUAUUAGGCACUGUGCAGGGCGAGUGUCGGGACGUAGCUGGAGUCAGUUUUCACGCGAAAGGUGCUGCACUUCCUUUACACUACCAGCUUUGGGCAGAGCUCUUGUCUCAAAUUAUUCAACUCUUUGAUCCACAGAGUUGAUUUUUUUUAAUUUUUUAAGUGUUCAGGAGUAGCAGCUGUAAAAACACAAACAAGCUCGUCGAAUUGAAUCUCGUGUCUGUUUCAGCCUAGCAUGGGUUUUCUAUAUUUUCGUUACCGACUGAUAAAAGAUGGUAUCUUGGAGCGCACACAAUGCCUUCGUCUUUCUGCUUUUCCCAGCACCAUAGUGAUGCUGACACCUGUCAUUUAAUGACUUUUUCUCAUCUUUUUUCUUUCUGAGGUGGUUUUAAAACGUCACACAGCUUCAGAACUCCAAACACGACUUUUCGGUGAAGGUAAUGUACAUACCCUUCUUGAUUUUUAAACGGAAAUUGAUCAUGUAAUGAGUUAUGGUUUGGCAGCAGUCUAAAAGGUAUAUCUCUGUUUUUAUUGGACUUCUUAAAUGUUGUCAGUUGAGCGAUUAAACACAUUUCAGCUUUAACAGUGAUUUUUGCUUAUAUUUAUUAUAUCCUUGAUUAUUUUUUUAAUGCUGUAGUUGUGGUUUUAUCAUGAUUUUAACUCUUGUUGAAUUCCAGCCCUGCGCACGCGUGUGUGUGUGAGAGAGAGUGUGUUUUUAUGUAUUGUUCUGAGGGAUGUUUGCGGAUCGGUUUUGCUGAUAUUUCUGUGCCAGAUGAAACAUUAUUGCAUCUUUGCUGUCGUUGGUUCCCCACUGAUGUUGUUUUUGAUUUUAACUGGUUGUUUGUUGAUGUUUUUAUUCAAGACUUGCUUUUAUUGGUGUUGAUAUUCCUUUGCUGUUGUAGGUGAUGUUUCUUUUCACGCUCUUCUUUUCGGUUUUAGCAUUACUAUCUUACUGUUAGUGUCCUAACUGGGAAUUUAUCUUUUGCACCAAGAUUUGUAUUUUGUUUAUGUUUUUUUUUUUUGGUUGGUGCAAAAAUAAAUAUUACUUUGAAAUA